GGGAGGGAGGGAGGGGAGGGUGAGAGAGUAAGGAUGCAACCAGGUCUACAUUGAAGGGGACAUGACCCCAGAGGAUGGCCUCGAGCUGAUGGUCAGAUAAAGAAGGAAAGGAAAGGAAGAGGGAAAGAAAGAAAGGAAAAGAAAAAAGAAGGGAAGAUGUUUGAUUGGUGCCGUGAAACACCUCCAAGAGUGAGGAGCUGUUGAGCGAUGUCCCACUCAGAGCUCACAGUGGGGUGACUGUACUAUGAUUUGGUAUGUGGCCACUCUGUUAGCCAGUGUGGUCAGCACCAGAGGAGCAGCAGCUCAAGGUACCUACAGUGCACGGGAAGAGCCAGAGUUUGAGACCGCUCGCGCCGGUGACAGUAUCAUUCUGGGAUGUGACGUGGUGCACCCAGUGAGCGGACAGCAGCCCCCUUAUGUGGUAGAGUGGUUUAAGUUUGGAGUCCCCAUCCCAAUAUUCAUCAAGUUUGGCUUCUAUCCUCCUCAUGUGGAUCCUGAAUAUGCAGGUCGAGCGAGUCUGUAUGAGAAGGCCUCUUUGCGUAUUGACCAGCUCCGCUCUGAGGACCAGGGGUGGUACGAGUGCAAGGUGCUUAUGUUGGACCAGCAAUACGACACAUUUCACAAUGGCAGCUGGGUGUAUCUCACAGUAAAUGCGCCACCGACGUUCACGGAGACCCCUUCACCCUACGUGGAAGCCAAGGAAGGGAGCAGCAUCACCCUCACAUGUACAGCUUUCGGAAACCCCAAGCCUGUCGUCAGCUGGCUCCGGGAGGAAAAACUGCUGGCAAAUGAUCGGAAGUACACGGUGAGCGAUGGAAGUCUUACCAUUUCAUCAGUGGGCAGGAAGGACCGUGGAGCCUACACGUGCCGCGCCUACAGUAUUCAGGGAGAGGCUGUUCACACAACAAGACUGUUGGUUCAAGGUCCACCUUUUAUCAUCUCUCCGCCUGAGAAUAUAACAGUAAACAUAUCGCAAGAUGCCCUCUUCACAUGCCAGGCCGAAGCGUAUCCCGGCAACCUCACGUACAUCUGGUUUUGGGAAGAAGAUAACGUCUUCUUCAAGAAUGACCUGAAAAUGAGAGUGCGGAUUUUGAUCGAUGGAACUUUGAUCAUCUUCCAUGUGAAGCCUGAAGAUGCCGGGAAAUACACCUGCGUCCCCAGUAACAGCCUCGGGCGUUCCCCUUCAGCCUCUUCGUACCUGACUGUCCAGUAUCCAGCGCGAGUUAUCAACAUGCCUUCCAUCAUCUACGUGCCCGUUGGAAUGCCUGGUUACAUCAAGUGCCCGGUAGAUGCAGAUCCUCCAGUUACACAAGUCAAGUGGACCAAAGACGGCCGCCCACUAAAGAUUGAAAAGUAUCCCGGUUGGCGUUUGCUGGAUGAUGGAACCAUUCGACUCGAAGAAGCUACAGAGGAAACUCUCGGCACUUACACCUGCGUGCCUUACAAUGCUCUAGGUACUAUGGGACAAUCUACCCCAGCUCAACUGGUGCUUAAGGAUCCUCCUUACUUUACGGUGCUUCCUGGCUGGGAAUAUCGACAAGAAGUGGGUCGAGAACUGGUUAUUCCAUGUGCUGCCGCCGGAGAUCCAUUCCCAGUUAUCACUUGGAGGAAGGUAGGAAAGCCUAGUAAAAGCAAGCACAACAUCCUCCCAAGUGGCAGCCUGCAGUUCAAAGCCCUCAGCAAAGAGGAUCACGGAGAAUGGGAAUGCGUUGCGACUAAUGUUGUUACAAGCAUCACUGCCAGCACACAUCUGACCGUAAUCGGCACAAGUCCAUACGCUCCAAUGGACGUUCGAGUCACAGCCACAAUGACCUCAACUAACAUCUCCUGGGACCCGGCGUACGAUGGUGGAUAUGAGCAGACAUUCACAGUCUGGUAUGGCCUUGUGGUAAAGAGAGCUAUGCUGGGACCCCAUGACUGGCGAUCACUCCCUGUCACCACUGGCCUGACCUGGCUCCUGGUGGAAGGUCUGGAGCCUGAGACUGCAUACCAAUUCAGUGUGUUAGCACACAACAAGCUGGGCACAGGCCCCUUCAGUGAGGUCAUCACUGUGAACACACUGGCUUUUCCCAUUACCACGCGAGAACCACUGGUGCUGCUUUCUCCACCAAGGUGCCUAACAGCUAACCGGACACAACAAGGGGUGUUGCUGUCUUGGAUCUCACCAGCCAACCAUACUUAUCCGAUCGACCGUUAUAUCAUGGAGUUCCGUCUGGGGGACAAGUGGGAUAUUCUGGACGAGGACAUCCCCGGGAGCGAAACCGAGCUGCUGACCAAGGAGUUGAAUGUGGACUCCUGGUAUGAAUUUCACAUAAUAGCUGUCAUGCAGGAGCUCAUCAGUGAGCCCAGUAAUGUGGUUGGUGUAUCUAGUUCAGAUAUCUUCUCACCGGCUGAUUUGCCAGAGGAAGGUUUGGCUCGGCCGGUGGUGGCCGGGAUCGUUGCCACCAUCUGCUUCCUCGCUGCUGCUGUUCUGUUUAGCACACUGGCCGCUUGUUUUGUCAACAGGCAGCGGCGGCGGAAGAAUAAGAGAAAGAGGGAUCCUCCACUUUCAAUAACACACUGCAGAAAAGUGUGGAAUCCCCUCAGAUCUUCCUCAGGAAAGGUGAGUCCUGAAAGCAUCAGAACACUACGAGCUCCGUCAGAGUCCUCCGAAGAUGCCCAAGCCAUACAUACCAAGAUGAGUCUUGAGAAGGAAAGGGAAAUGUCCCUGUACAAAAAGACCAAGCGAGCAAUAACCAGCAGGAAAUACAGUGUCUCCAAGCACGAAGCUGAGGCUGAAGCCACGACCCCUAUUGAACUAAUCAGUAGAGGCCCCGAUGGGCGUUUCAUCAUGGAUCCCAUGGAAAUAGAGACGUCACUGAAGACGAGGAGGAUCGAGGGAUUUCCCUUUGCCGAAGAGACGGACACCUAUCCCGAGUUCCGGCAGUCCGAUGAAGAGAAUGAUGAGACUGUAACUUCAAGCACUAUAAUGGGUUUGAAGUCUCAGCUUUCACCUCUUUCAUCGAGUCAGGAAUCCUACUUACAGCCACCAGCAUACAGCCCACGAUUCCAGAAACCAGAGGGAGGGAUAAAUAGCAGACUGCAGGCCACAGGUCAGAUUAGGCGACCUCCUAAAGGGUACCCUCAAGGUCAGUUUUAUAGCUAUCUCACCACUAGCUCCGUAGACCCAGAUGGACAGCCAUUUUACAUGCCAGAUAUCAGUCCCCUCAGUUCAGUAAUGUCAUCACCUCCACCUCUUCGCGAAGGACCUUACGGUCAGCCCACCCUCCCAGAGGGUCACGGAGAGAUCGAAAUACAACAUUUGGUCGCUUCUAGUAGCACUUUGCCUUUGACACACACGCCAACCGCUCUGCGAUCUCCCGAUCCAUGGAGAAGGAAGGAGUUGUCUAUCAGCAGCAUAGAAAGUUCUCCAGUGAUGUUCUCACACCACCAGGAAACGUCGGAGAGUACACUGCCAAAGGCUGGUCUUCCAAGGGGUGGUCCCCCUUCCUCGCUCCAGGUUCCGGCACCUUACCAUAGCGUGCUGCAUCUGGAGGAACCAAAGAGUUGGACUAGCAAAUCUCCCAGCAAAACAAAAGGAUCCGUGUCUCUCGCUCCCAAACAACCAGGUCAACCUAUGCAACAGACCAGUCAAGGGCAGCUAAAGCAUACCAGCCAUGGUAUGGGUGCACCCACAUUGCCUUAUACUGAAUCGGCCAAACAGGCUGGUCCUAGUGGCACAAGCACAUUCAGUCUGGACACCAGGUGGUAUGAACCUAGGCCCAGGCCCCGAGCCAGCCCCAGGCAAGGCAGAAGGACUGAGGCCAGUUUACACCAGGUGGUUCUACAGCCUUCCCGGCUUUCCCCUUUGAGUCAAAGCCCUAUGAGUUCCCAUCACGUCUCCCCAGAGAUCUCAUCCCGCCCGAGGCCUCGGCCUAGUUUCCUGCAGCACCCUCACAGCAUCUUCCCUGCAGGUGUCUCUGUGGAGAUGUCAGAAAUUACCCUUCAGCCUCCCACUGCUGUUAGUUUAUCUAGAAGGUCCUCUCCGUCCUCCUCACCAGCACAAAGCAGCACUGCUGGGCAGGGCAGCAGACGAGGAAGUCCCAGUUAUAGACCUCCUCUGGCACUGACACCUUCGUCGAGCAGCUACACAGGAUCCCCUUCUCCUGCAACUGAACGCAGCGAGUUUUAUAGUCAAAUCCCUUCCCAAAGGAGGAGAAGUGAAGACAUCCCUCCUUUCGAACACCCACCUUCACACUUAUCUACUUCAGGAAGUACAUUUGUGCAUAUAUGCACAUAUACACUCACAAACAUAUACGGAUACCUGCGCCCCUCCAAGACGAGAAAAUACUUACACAAAGACGAGAGAGACUCAUCUGCUCCAUGGGUCCAACCAUUAGACCCUGGAAGGUACAAAGCCACAGAAAACACAGAGCGACUGUUAAAGCCGAAUUUUUUUUCCCCCAUUUUGUUUCGCUUGAUCCCCAGGAAGCCUUCAGAUACACAUGGUGCUGCUGCUGUACCUGAGAGUUUCGAAGCACUGAGGUACCAGCGCGUGCGGAAGUCCAAGGAAGCAGUACAAAUCACUUUAAAGGCACGGCGGAAAAACAGUUUUUCAACCUCCCAGGUCCAGCAGCCCCAUGAAUCUCAGGUUCUCCAGUCCCAAGACAUUGUCUACCUCCAGAAGAAGAAGAGACACUCCCUCCAGGACUCUCGUGCUUGCUUCUCUGCCCUGAAAGAAGAGUUUCACAAGUACAGACACCAGCUUGAGGAUGAGAAGACCAUUCUGGUUCGGGCGGAUUAUGACGAACAGGAGCAGGCAACCUUGUUAUAGUACUAGCUAAUAGUCUAACUAUCUCCUUGUAAUUUUUCUCCGUCCAGAGUAAUCAGGUCCAGGUCCCUGUGGUAGAAGUUAGCCUUGUUGGUCUCAGUGGUAAUAAACAGCCGUGCUAGCUACUUGCUCCUCAAAAAAGUAUCAACACAGUAUUAUUAUAUACAGUAUCCCGUAAAAGGUCUAUCUAAAGGGUGGCAAUAUUUUGUCUUGUCAGCCUAACUGAUUUAGUUUUAAGUGCUUAUACAAUUUGGUGUGAAGGUGCAGAUUAUUUUGUAAUUAUUUGAUGUCAUUCAUUUGAAAUUACAUCCAAUGGAGGGGGAAUGAGGUGAUUUGUCAGCCUGUCAACAGAACCAGAGCCCUUCCCUCCGGGAAUCAUUUCAUGUAAUGCCAUUCUGCCAAAAGCCGUUCAACAAAUGGUGGUCAUAUCCUGUGGAAUGAUACAUGUGUUUGAUAGAUCCCGAUACUUUGUGAUGUCAAGUUACUCGAUUUCCAAUUUUAUUGGGGCCACUUAAUACGGUGCCACAUCAGAAGCUUCACCUUCUUGUCUUUGUGCAGCAAAACCGACCGAACAGUGAAGUGCAAUGUCUUCAUGCGUGGUAAGACUUGAGUUGAAACUUUAAUUAUCAAAAGUACUUGGACUCGCUGUGGUUCACGGAUAUUUUCCAUCUAACCUUUUACCACUCGCCUUUCGUUUUUACUGUUAAAAAAAAUCUUCAUAUUGCAUUAAAUGUUCGAAGAAAAAGCCACAGCAGACCUUUUGUUAGAUUCCGUUGUGUCCCAAAUCGAUUCGAAACCGUUUCCGAUUGAGGACGAUAUGAUUUUUGAACUAUAUGAUAUGCUUUCGCUCUGUACGUCAUGGUAUGGAGGCUGUGUGACAUUUCUGAGUGGGAUAAACCCCAUUCGGAAAAAGUGUGCAACAAAAUAUUUUCAACUCACCCACGUAAUUAACAAGGUUUUGAGCUGAGGUUCACAACAAGUGCAGCGGUUGUCGAGUGUCCGGGUGAAUGCAAUACGCCGGUG